AUGAGUGAUCAACUUACUACGUCGAUGCAAGGUGGUGCCGAUGAACAUUCCGCCGCCUCAACUUCUUGUGGAACUGCUGUCAUCCGUGAUCAUACAGAUGUUGUGCUCCCAGAAGCCGAUUCAUCUCAGGGACCAUCUGUGGUUCCAAGACCUUCUAUGGACCCUAUCGGUCUUGACUUAACUGAGUAUACUAGAUCCUGGUGCCGUUAUCUCGAAAGUACUUCGGUGUUCCCGGUGAUGUAUGAAGGCACAACAUACAUAGUCCCUAUCCCAAAAACGGGAGGCAACGUGGCCUUCCUUACGAAGCAUUCCUACACUCCGGAUGAGCCCACAAAAGCAGUGUGUCAAGCUCUGUUUCACAUGAAAUCCAAAGUGCAUCUUAUGGGAAGAUUAAACAAGAUGUAUAGAGGAAGUGUGAAGUUGAUGGAGGAUAGUGGCGUGGCCCAAAAAUAUGAUGAUGGAUUGGAUGGGCAAACAUCAUGGCAAAGAGUUACAAGUGAUAUAUGCCUGUCAGGUUUGGCACAGCUGGUAGAGAAGGACAAGCUUCUUCACUGGUGCUCUCCAAAUGGGGUCUCAACAACCUCUCAAUGA